UGUGUGCGUAUCGUAGUUGGCCAUUCACGAGAACUAAAAGGAUAGACAAAAUGAGCUUUCUUCAGCAACCUCUGUGCGCGCAUUCACUAGUGGUGUUGCGUAGCCGGCCAGACGCGUUUUGAGUUUCGUUCCGUAGCGCACGAGUCCGAGUAUAAAUCAACUCCAUCAGCAAUGGGCCACCAUCCCGAACCGCCGGUAAUGAUCUCAGACAAGCUGCCGGAAUCGUUACGUAAGAAGAUGCAGACGUUCCAGGCAAAGAACGAGCUACCGGUCUUUCUGAAGGGAGGACCGGCGGACAAGGCCCUGUUCGGGGUAACUGUGGCACUGUGCGGCCUCGGCCUGCUCGGUAUCGCGAAGAUGGUGUACGAGAUGGGAUUCGCCAAGAAGAAAGCUUAAGUACACGUCGCACCUGGCAGUUUGAUUGAAAUCAUAAAACUUUAAGCAACGAACGCAAACCGCGCCACUGUGGAUUGAAUUUGUGUUUUAUUCAAAAAUAUACAUACUAAAAACAUAGAA